AUGUGGAACGAUGUCAUCAAUGUACACGCAGAGCAAUGUCACACCAGUUGUACGGUACCCGUAUUCAAACUAGUGUCCGAGAAGAAAUGGGCCCUGGGAUGGAGUUGCUCUGUCCAGUGUGUCAAGUGUGAGUACAAGUCUCAGCUUUACAAACUUUACAGAGAAGCGGACUCGGAGAAGCCCGGACCGAAGCCAGCACUGAUAAAUAAAUAUCUACCUUCAGCACUGUGUGGACAGUCCGUCAGCACCAAAGGAGCUAGACUUCUUCUCGGACACCUGAACAUACCUGCAGGUGCCAAAAGUGGGAUGCAACGACAGGCCAACCAGGUGUCACGGGAGAUUACUGCCCUUAACAAAACCGACAUGGAGGAAAAGACUCGACUGGUGGUACAGGACAACACCCUGAGAGGACAGGAGUCUCCGAGCACCAUCGGAAUAGCUGUGGAUGGGCGGUACAACAGUACUACAUUUGGAAGCUCUAAGAAGCCUGGACUGAAUGCCUCUCAGGGAAUCAGCUUGGGAAUUGAGACAUGUACUCCAAAGAAGUGGAUACUUGGAUGUGCCUUCCACAACAAACUUUGCUGGACAGGCGCUUGGCUGAGAGGGAAAGGGUACGAUGUUAACUGUCCGGGUGGUCACCCUGAGUGCACAGCCAACACCAGCGGGUUUGACGGCCUCUCCGAGUAUGCCAUGGGGAAUGACAUUGGAGAGCAGCUGACCAGACAGGGUGUCCUUAUGAAAUAUGCCACUACGGAUGGAGAUGGUACUAGCGCCCAAGGCCUGCAGGAAGCCAUGCGAGCCCUACAUCCGAUGUGGAAAGUGGAGAGACUGGCUGACCCGACUCACAUAGGUAGAGCACAGUUUCGGAAAUCAAACAGUGCUAAGUUCAGUGACUCCAUGUUUCCCGGACGUACCAGACUUACGAGGUCUCACUCACAGAAGGUGUUUUCCCAAGACUUGAAAGCCAGGAGCAGCAUGGCCUCAAAUCCCUCAUGA